AAACGUCAAAUAAAAGUUUUCUGUAACCGGGCCUAAAUGUGAAUUUUGUUAGAAAAUAUAAGACAUCUUUUAAUAUAAUGGAGUCUACAGCUACGAAAGGCGCUGAAGACGACUUAAAUGUCUCUGAUUCCAUUGCUUGUCCUGUUUGCAGUCGACAGUUCAAGCACGAAUUUAUUCAAGAACAUGUAAACAAAUGUUUAUUCCUCAAUACAGAGCCAGUAGCUGAACAAAGUCAGCUAAAAAGAAGUGGAACACAUUUGCACAAUGUCUUUUCACAGGAAAAGCGUAUAAAAUUGGGACCAACGCCAAGUUCUACUUCUGCGAAGAGCAAGGAUCCUCCACAAUUAAGCACGAAAAUUAAAAGUGUUCCUUCAGUCAAAGAGUCUCAAAGAAAAGAUGACAUAGUUCCUUUAGCUGAGCGGAUGAGGCCCCUCUGCUUGAAUGACAUAGUAGGACAGAAAGACGCAUUCGGGCCUGGGUCCAUGCUACGUUCCAUGCUGGAGCAGAAUAGGAUACCUAAUAUGAUAUUAUGGGGACCACCUGGAUGUGGAAAGACUUCACUGGCCAAUGUGGUAGCAAACAUCUGCAAGGAACAGAAUAACUUGAGAUUUGUAAAGCUCUCAGCUACUGUUUCUGGUAUCAAUGAUGUUAAGGAUGUGGUCAAAGUGGCAAAAAAUGAGGCACAAUUCAAGAGGCACACUGUGCUUUUUAUGGACGAAAUUCACCGAUUUAACAAACUCCAACAAGACACAUUUUUGCCACAUGUGGAAAAUGGCACUAUUACCCUAAUAGGUGCUACUACAGAGAAUCCUUCAUUCAGUUUAAAUAAUGCUUUACUGAGUCGCUGUAGAGUAGUCAUCAUGGAAAAGUUAAAUGUGUCUGAAGUCAUGCAGAUCUUAGAACGAGCUUUAGACAAAGGAAAACAAGCCUACAUUGUAGAUUACAAUGGAAAACUUGAGAAGAAGCUUGAAAACGAAGAAGUACCCGAGUGUCUAAUAGAACGUGCAUCACUUCAAUGGCUCGCAGAGGUUUGCGAUGGUGACGCUCGCAUUGCACUUGGAGCACUUGAACUAGCUCUAACCUCGCGAGAUACUGGUAAAGAGUUACAUAAAGAAGGACCGACCGUGCUUACUCUUGACGACAUUAAGAAUGGUAUUAAGCGUUCUCAUAUGGUAUAUGAUCGUCAAGGUGAUGAGCAUUACAAUUCAAUAUCGGCUCUUCAUAAAUCGAUUCGCGCAAACGACGAUAACGCUGCUCUUUACUGGACCACUCGAAUGCUUCAUGGCGGCGAAGACCCUCGGUUCAUAGCCCGCCGGCUCAUACGAGCUGCUUGUGAAGACAUUGGAUUGGCAGAUCCCAAUGCAUUAGUUGAAUCAGUAGCAUGCUUGCAAGGGUGUCAACACAUUGGAAUGCCCGAGUGCGACGUAUUAUUAGCACAAUGUGCAGUCAGGCUAGCUAGAGCGUCAAAAAGUACUGAAGUAUAUCACGCUAUGAAACGAUGCAAAAAUUCUUUGGCCAAAGCAAAGGGUCCUCUUCCACCAGUACCGCUUCAUUUGCGCAAUGCGCCGACAAAACUUAUGAAAGAUAUUGGUUGUGGGCGUAGAUAUAACACCUUACACAAAGAAGAGUCAGGUUUGUCUUACAUGCCUGAAGGUAUGGAAGACGUAGAUUUCUUUCGUGAAACUGAGGAUGAAGGUGGGUAAAUUUUGUUUGGUGUGUUAUAUAUGCGUAUUAUAAUAGUAUACAUAAAAGUUGAAAUAAAAAACG